GUUACAUUUAGUCUCAGUUUGUCGAUCCAGCAGGUAUUACGGGUACAGCCACCUGCAGAAUGAUGGCCUUCUCCUGGCUGUGUGGGAUGGUCUGGGCAUUGCUUGCGCACACUGCAUUUGUGCGGGCCGCCUCGCCAUUGUUGCCAAGUACUACUUACAUCACAAUUAAUCCCACUCAAACUACGAUUACUCUGGAGAAGCCGUACUGCUUGUCGACUGCUGGAAACGCUGUCUACCUGUAUGUAAUGCAGAGUGGGGCUUCAUCCAACGCAGUUGUUGAUUCCUCAAACAAGACCCUUACCACCACCUACACUCAAUCAGUUGGAGGUAGUACACGACCAUACCUGGCCGCCUCAUUUGCAAUUCCCAGUUGUUCAAGUCUUCCAGACUUCACUAACCUGGGUGAUCCAACCAAGGCACAGUCCAUCCUGGACAGCUACAUCGUCCGAGUGGGAGCUGAUGUCACUUGCUUGACUGAUCCAAACUUUACAGGAUACUGCAAUCCCCCCCUUAACAACAAUACUGCCUACAGGUUUAAAUAUGUUUAUGCGGACGCAAGUAAGGUGGCGCAGUAUCAAACAGACUGGUCCGCUCCUAUCACCACAAACGGAGGCCGAGCUUAUUCCACCAUUGAUACAUGGCCUGGCAGGAGAAGUGGUGGGAUGAUUGUCCUGACGUCCAUUCUGAGCGUGCUCCUAUUCUUCCUCUUGGUUGGUUUUGCUGGAACAAUUUUCGCUUGGGUGACGGGUGGGCCAACGGGUGUUGAGUCUACAGCAUAUGAUACUCGGACCAGCAUCAAGGCACCGGCAAAGCCUUCCAGCAGCGCUGAACCAGUUUAUUCCACAACUCACGAAUAUUCGCCACACCCGCAGGCGUGAGAGGCUGAAAAUUAUUAGCUUUUUGUUAUACACAAAAUACAUCUGUAUAAUAUUCCAUUAGACUGUGUGACAUGAUCAUGAACCAAUUACCCUUUUGUUAAUUACAGGUAGUUUUUUUUUUUUUUUUCGCAUUAUAUUUCAAUACUAACUACAAAUCUGUUUGUGAAACUAUAAUAGAGAAGCCUCCAAACCGUUAUUAGACUAAAGUUAUUUAGUGUCAUAAUGAUGAAUUUUAAACUCCUCCUCCCUCAGUUUAACAAUGACAGAACUUUCUAUUCAUAGUGUUUUCCAAGAGAAAGGGGGUGGGUAAAUGCUAAUAAACUGUAUUUCUUAGAAAGGCGUUGCCUGUUUUACAAUUAAUCCUGAAUUCUAUCACGGAAUAAAUGACCUUCAAUGGUUUUCUACCCAUUUGACAGACGAUACAUGGUGAAAUAAAAAGGACUCCAAGAAUAUAUCACUUUAUAGAUUUUGUUUUGUUUUUCUGACGUCUAUAAUCUUUACAACACGUAGGCCAAGUAUACCAUUUGCAGGUGCGUUCUACAGGUUUCCAUGGCUACUGCUCCACUUUUAGCACUUCUCCCAGAAUUGCUAUUUAUAGAUUUGGACUCGGAGCUAUAUUUUUUUUUUAUUGUUUUGUUCCGCAUUUUUUUUUUCUGUUGUGAUUUAUGAGCAGUAAAUCUCAAUUAUGCUGUAAGUACAAGUGUUUAUAAAAAAUCUUAAAUGUAUACUUUCCUUCUUCAAUUUGUUGAACAGUUUUCAAUAAAGUGUUUUGUUUUUUUUUCUA